CCCGGUAGGCCUGCGGGCAGGCGAGCGAGUGGACCAGAAGCCGGCGAGGGCCAGCGGGCCGAAUGGCUAGGGCGCCUGGGGCCGUGGGCCGCUGAGCCGGACCGCUACUGCCGCCUGCCUCCGCAGGCCGGAGAGGGGCGCAGACCACUCGGUGCUGGGCGGUCGGGCGGCGCCCCCUCCACCGCCGCUCUCACAGCUACCGGCCGCGGCGCGGCGAACCGCCUCUGUCGAGAAAACAGCCUUCACUUUCUGUCCCUCCGCGAGCACCGCGCGGGCUUCCGCGCCCCGCCGACCGGAGCUGACCUCCGGAGUCUCAGAUUCGGACUCCGAGCCCGAACCCUGCCUUCCGCGGCUGGCCGGUGCGUCUGGCUGGCCGGAGUUUACCUUGGAGGAGCACAGGCUGCGCAGGUACAGAACUCAAAACAUGAACAGCGACAUAUAUUACCAAUGUUCAAGGCUGAUUUGGCUAGAACUGGAAUACAGUUGCCGACAACAUAUUCCAGGGGAAUCAGAAGAGUCAAAGUAAUGGAUAACAGGAAAGAACCUCCAUUCUUCAAUGAAGAUAACGUGGAACCAUUUUAUUACAAACUUCCUUUCUAUGCUACCAUGGAACUCUUCAUCGAAACAUUAACUGGAACUUGUUUUGAGCUGAGAGUUUCACCCUUUGAAGCUGUUAUUUCUGUGAAAGCAAAAAUUCAAAGAUUGGAAGGUAUUCCCAUCUGUCAGCAACACUUAAUUUGGAAUAACAUGGAACUUGAAGAUGAUUAUUGCUUGAAUGAUUACAACAUAUCAGAAGGUUGUACCUUGAAGCUGGUAUUGGCUAUGCGUGGUGGACCUAUAAAUACUAGAAGAGUUCCUAUGGAAGAUCCACUUAGGGAGAUGGCUGAGUACAUGGAUUCCAAUCGAGAUGAGGUCUGGGAGAAGACCUCCUGCAACAAACAAGUUACAUUUUUAGUAUACCGAGAAGGAGACCAAUUGAAUUUUUUUCGUGUAGUUGAUAGGGGAGAUGGAACUUUAACACCAUUAUCUGAAUCCUUAAGUGGUGGUUCUGUGUAUAAUUUGUAUACUGAUGAGGAUGAGGAAAUUGAGUCUUCUCCUUCUGGGCAACAGAUAAUUGAAAAUUCAAUAACUAUGAAUAAGAUGAAGCUGCUGAAGGCCAAGAUGGAGAACAUGAAUCUCAGCAAAAAGCCUAAGAAAGUUGUCAAGGUAAAACCUCGUCCACCUAUAGCUCCUCGACCAUCCAGUGGUUCCACAGCAGCUGCUCGCCACAGAUUGUUAAGGGUUCUCCCCCACAUUGGGCAGUCUUGUUUACCUUGUCCUGGGAAUCCAUAUCUACCUGAAACCUCCGUGAAUGCAGUUUCAAGUUUGGCAACUCUGUCCUCUGUUGAUAGACCUGUAUCAUCUAUCACUAGUGAUUUUCUUAAGGAAGAUGAUAACUGGGAGAAUAACAAACUGUCUCAUUCCAAUAGUAGCAUCAAAUUACCACCUCAGAUACCCCAUAUGGAAUUUGAAAAUGAUAAAGAGCUUGCUGAUUCUAUUCUCCAUCUUGGAUCAUCCUUGGCUAGGAGGAUGAAACAUUUCCCAGGAAAUUUGGCAUCUAAUGAGGACGACACUGCAUUUCCAGCUUUGGAAGAAUGUAUAACUGAUGAAUCACUUCUACCUGAAGUGGGUUCUUUUGCUUCAUUUAUAGAAGGAAACACUGAUGAACAGAACAGUGACUUAGAAGGCACACAGAAGGUAAAUCCAGAGUUCUUACUCACUAAUGGUGAUAACGGGCUGAAAGCUACAGAGCAGCAUUUAAAAAAUGUCGCAAAAGUAUUGUGUCAUGAACCAGUAGAGACUACAAUCCUAAACCACCGUGAAUUAAGUCCUCACAAGAAUAGACUUUUGUCACCUCUCCGCUGUUCUGCGCCAAUGUCACUACAUAAUUCUCUGGUGAAACCACAAAGACAGUCUAAAUGCUUUGAGUCUGGGAACCUCCAGUCUUCUGCUUCACAAAAUGUGCUUCGGUCACUGGAUGUUGGAAAUAUAACUGAUUCUUCUUUCCCUAGGACUACUCGUUUUCGAGCUGUUAAAGUUGAUUCACCUGGGAAAAGAUCUGAUGUUAUUUCUAAAGGUGAAGCUCGGGAUAUCACAGAAAUAGCCAACAAGGCUUCCAAAGAGCCUGUUGGUUGUGUAAAUAGUAUAGGUUUUCUUGCUUCCCUGACCAGGAGUGCAAGCAGAGACAGCUCACAGAGCACACGUGGGGUAGGCAGGCUUCGGACUCCUGGAAUAGGUUUGUCCUCAAAUCUCCAUUUUCAAGAAGAAAACCUUAGGAAAAAUUCUCCCCAAUUAGAACCUACAGAAUUUUUUCUAUCUUCCCAUGGUAUUGGAAUGAAUGGAAAUAAUACUGCUGCAGGGAAAAGAGUAGGUGAAUGUACUCAUCACCUUCCACCUGUGAGAGCCCCUAUUCAAACAAAGAAGAAAACUACAAAGCAUUGUUUUCUUUGUGGAAAGAAAACUGGACUGGCUACUAGCUACGAAUGCAGAUGUGGAAACAACUUCUGUGCAUCACAUCGCUAUGCAGAAACUCAUGGCUGCACCUAUGAUUACAAGAGUGCAGGGAGGAGAUACUUACAGGAGGCAAAUCCUGUGGUCAAUGCACCAAAACUUCCAAAGAUCUAACUCUUGCUCUGCACCUACCUGUUUUGCCUGAGGAAUUGUAUUACAGUGACAGAAGAAAUACUGUUUAGACUGCAUUAUUUUUGCUCUGCUCUGAAAGAUUUGCCAAAUAACAAAAGCAUACAAAGUGUCCUGUUGGAGAAUGAGAAUGCUACUGUAUUUGACAUCCUAUUCUUUGGUGAAUCAAAUCAAAACUUUUAAAAAUAGUUUUAAAAACUUUAUGCUGUAAUGAUUUAGCUUUAUUAUUGCAUGUCUUAAGUAUUUUAUAUUUGAUGUUGCAAUUAUACUAAACAAGUCUUCAAAAGAUGCACUUUAGGAAGUUCACAUUGACUAUGUAACCAGCUUCCACAUUGUACAGAAACGAGCUGUCAUAUAAUAGCUCUGCACAGAUCUACCACUUUUUUGGUGUA